AUGAGUAUUCAAUCCGUCUCCUUAAAUCAAGUGCCUUUGAAAUCAGAUGAUGUUGUACAGCCUAUUCAAAAGGAUGUGAUCUCACAAAUGGAUGAGAGUUUUACACCCUCAACAAUUGAUAAAUCAACCGCAACGAGUCCUAUCAAAAUAUCAACUGAUUUGAAGCGCAACCUCCAAGACAUUUGUGAGGUUGAUUCCGGAGAUGAUUUGAGUUCUACCGAGUCUAAAAGAAAAUCAAUCGGAGAGGAAACUCCACUCUUAAUUCCAAAAGUGGAGAAGUGA